GCAUAGAUGGACAGGAAGAUAUGAAGCCCAUUUAUGGGACAACAGUUGCAGAAAAGAAGGUCAAACUAGAAAGGGUAGACAAGUUUACUUAGGGGGUUAUGAUAAGGAAGAGAAGGCAGCAAGGGCAUAUGAUCUAGCUGCACUCAAAUACUGGGGCCCAACCACUCAAUUAAAUUUUCCACUUAGCAGUUAUGAGAAAGAGCUAGAAGAGAUGAAGAACAUGACAAGGCAGGAGUUUGUAGCUCAUUUAAGAAGGAACAGCAGUGGUUUCUCUAGAGGUGCAUCUAUGUACAGAGGGGUCACAAGGCAUCACCAACAUGGGAGGUGGCAAGCUAGAAUUGGGAGGGUUGCAGGCAACAAGGACUUGUACCUUGGAACUUUCAGCACUCAAGAGGAAGCUGCAGAGGCCUACGACAUUGCGGCCAUCAAAUUCCGAGGACUGAAUGCAGUGACCAACUUUGAUAUCACCAAGUAUGAUGUAAAACGCAUAUGCUUGAGCUCCAGCCUCAUUGCUGGUGAUCUUGCCAAAAGAUCCCCCAAGGACAGCUCUUCUCUUGCAGAGCCCACCAUCCUCAUAGGGAGGCAUGAUGAGCCAUUGGAACCCUCCAAUGAAGUUCGAAGCAUAGCGAACUCUUUUGUUUCUUCUUCCACGGGCAAUGCAAACUCCACAAAAAGCAACAGACCAGAAAGGGUGCAUGUUGUCCCUUUAGGUGCACCAAAAUAUGAGAACAGUGAUGAGAAUGCAGGAGUUGGGGGGAAUAUGGACUGGAUGACAGCUGAAGCUGGGCCAAUAGGGUUUCAUGUGGCUCACCAGCUUCCCAUGGUUGCACAGUGGAACAAAUGAGUUCUUGGAGGGAUCGGACAUUUUGUUAGCAUGAUCAUGUUAUCUUGGCUGUGUGAUCUUGCAGUGACAAGUUCUUUUCUCAAAAAUUUUGUAGUGAUAAGUUCCGUUUCAUGGAUUUAAGGUGCAAGGAUUCAUUUCUUACCUUUUUGAUUCACCAUGUUCAUGUUAUGUGAAACUUGAUCUCCACAUGAAAGAAUUUUCUUUGGCCUUGUGCUGAGAG